ACUCCUUUCCCCCGCUUCUUCUUCUUCUUCUUCCCUAAACCCUCCACUCCACUCCACUCCACGGGAUACCCAAACCCCACGACUCCUCGAAUCCUCCUCGUCUCGCUCCCGAUUUCCUCCGGGGGUUUAGCCGCCUCCCCGAAUCCGGCGACCACACCUCCCGAUUCCGCCCAGUUCCCGCGACGAUCGCUCGCCAAACCCCCCCCCUCAUUGUUAAUCCCAUCUUCUUCUUCUUUUUUUCGUCUGUGGCGUUUGAUGCCGUUGCGGUUGAGAGGCGGCGGGGGAUCGAAGCGAGGGAUGCCGGCGCCGCCGACGACGACGCCCAAGGCGCUGGUCCACCAGAGGUUCGGCGCCAAGGCGUGCUACAGCGUGGAGGAGGUGCGGGAGGCCGUCGACGGCGGCUGCCCCGGCCUCGCGCUGCCGCAGCAGACCAGGAGCGUCUACCGCUGCUCGCUCGACCUCCCCGGCCUCACCGUCGUCACCCCGGGCACUUUCCUCAGGAAGAAGGAUGCGGAGCAGGCCGCCGCGCAGAUUGCCCUCGACAAGCUUGGUAUCCAGCCCACAGCAACUGUUCCCAGUAAUCCUGAAGAAGCAUGGGAUGAACUUAUUGCUCGCAUAUCUGGUUUUUUUGCAGAUGAGAACUUCCCCUCAUCGUCUCAUCCUCUUAUUGGUCACAUGUGUGUGACAUUCAGAAGAACUGGUGACCGCUUUGGUAUUAUUCCUCUGUCGGCAAUUGCUGCAUGUGAUGUGAAGAUUAAUACACUGUGUAAACUUAUUGACCCCAAAGCGGAAUUUGAUCCACUCUUGGUUUUAUCAUUAAUCUAUAAUGCUGCCAAAAAAUCUCCUGGUGUCUCUGUUAGUGAUAGCAACUUAUGGAUUCAGAAUCAGAAGCCUUAUUCUCCUGAGGCUGUUGAUGUGGCACUUCAACGUUGGUCUGGUAUAACAGAUCUCAUAGAAGUAGAUGGAAUUUAUGUUCCUUGUGCGAUGGAGGAUGAACCUAAGACAAUAACACUUAGAUUAUCACAUAAUGAACAUUACAUGGUUGAUAUAGUAUCAAGUCUCUCUGCAAAUGAUUCCUCCCAUGCUGUUGUCUCAAGAACAGUUGGCAAAGCAUCUUCUGAGAUAAGGCUAUAUUUCUCAGCUCCAAAUGUGCAAUUUGUUUCAAAGGCGUCAAACAAUGGGGUUUCUUCUCUUGGAGAUGGCAAUAUGGAGUGCCUAAUAAAUAAGCGAGCUUCCUAUAUUUCUGGUCAAACAAUUUAUGGAGAUGCAAUUUUGGCUAACGUUGGAUAUACAAGGAGAGACUCAGAGCUUCAUACUGAAGAUGUCACCUUAUCCACCUAUUACAGGAUUCUUCUUGGCAAAUUACCAAAUGGGAAUUACAAGAUGUCGCGGGACUCGAUUCUGGUGGCAGAGCUUCCAUCUGUGUAUUCUCGUUGUAGUUGGAAAGGUCUUUCUCCGCGAGAUCUCCUCUGCUCAUUUUGUCGCCUUCAGAGACUAGCAGAACCCUGCUUCACUGUCAAUACGACAAGCGCCUAUUGUAAAGUGUUAGGAUCAGCAGUGAGCUCCGAGGAGAUGGAAGUGCGAAAGAAUACGGAAAAUCAAUAUGCUAGCGAUGGAAGUAAUGGCAAGGAGAACCCAGAUAUGUUCAAAUGCGAGGUCAAAAUAUAUUCAAAGAUGCAGAAAAUUUUACUAGAUUAUUCGACAGCUGAUACUUGGACCAAGGAAUCCGAUGCCAUUCACAAUUCUUCAUUGAAGGUCUUGAUUUGGUUCCAGAGUUCUUUGAAGCAGCUGAACAACCAUGGGCAGAAGCUCUCUCCUUCUAAGAGCACUGAUGGCUUCACGAUCUAUCCAGAUAACUUUAUGCAUGAAUUUGCCAUGUUCUUAUCUAUUUAUGGUAACACAGGUGGUGAUGAAUCAAGUACAUGCUCUACAGUCGGAUCGGUUUCUAUGGAUACAUCAGAGCAAAAAAAUGAGAACAAUGCAAUUUUAACACAAAUUGAGGGUUCGGAUUCUGGUAUUUUCCCAACCCAUGGAUCAUUGGCUUGCAUAAGCUAUACUGCUUCCUUGGUGGUGAAGGACAAAGCAAAGAGAUAUCUGCUAGAAAGCAAUAAUGAGUUUGAGUUUGAGAUAGGGACUGGAACUGUUAGGAAUCAGCUUGAAUCAUGCGUAACUCAGCUCUCAGUUAAUCAAAGUGCAUGUUUCAUAGCUGAACUGCCUCCUACGGAUUUGAUCCUGGCCACAGCUACUAAGUUCUCUCAUGACCUUUCCAAGAUAUCUAGAGACAACUGCUGCCUGGAGUUCUCUGUAAAGCUAUUGCAGGUAACUGAACCAUUAGAAGAUAGAAUGGAAAAAGCCUUAUUUAACCCCCCUUUAUCUAAACAAAGAGUGGAAUUUGCUGUUCGGUACAUCAAUGAACUACAUGCUACCACACUGGUUGAUUUUGGCUGCGGAUCUGGUAGCCUUCUUGAUUCUUUGCUAGAGCAUCCGACAUCCCUUCAAAAAAUUGUUGGCGUUGACAUUUCUCGGAAGGGUCUCACACGAGCAGCAAAGAGCCUUCAUCAGAAGCUGAGCAGGAAAUCAUUGAUGCAGACAAGUGUUCCAACAGCUGUGCUCUAUGAUGGUUCGAUAACGGAUUUUGAUUCUCGCAUAUAUAGAUAUGACAUUGGUACCUGCCUUGAGGUGAUUGAGCACGUAGAGGAGGAUCAAGCAAGUUUAUUUGGUGACGUUGUCCUGAGUUCUUUCUGCCCGACGGUGUUGAUUGUUUCAACACCUAACUAUGAAUACAACCCUAUUCUCCAGAGGUCAGCUAUGCCCAACAAGGAAGAGGAGCCAGAAGAAAACGCUGGUCCCUGCAAGUUCCGAAACCAUGACCACAAGUUCGAGUGGACAAGGUCCCAGUUCCAGCACUGGGCUACCGGCCUCGCAGAGAAGCACAACUACAGCGUCGAGUUCAGUGGUGUUGGCGGCUCAGGUGAGGAGCCAGGCUACGCUUCCCAGAUUGCUGUCUUCAGAAGAAUGGCAUCGAGUCAAGAGGAGACUUGCCAGGACAGAGAGCUGCCUCAACCUUAUGAGCUUCUCUGGGAGUGGCCAAAUGCAUCGCUGCCAUCUCACUGAGUUCUGGUGGUAUGACCGUAGGAGAGACCCCGACUCGUAACUCUUCACCGUGCUUGUAACUGAGGUGGAGAUUGGUACUGUAGUUGGCACUAACUUGUGAGUUGUGAUCGGUAGGAAACUCAAACUCAGAUUGUGUCGCUGGAUAUUGGUGGCUUAAUAAACUGGUUUCGUCUGCAAAAUCUCUGAUAGUUUCCAAAUCCUAUUCCC